UAAAGGAUGAAAGUGAAUCUUGACAGAUUGGGACCCAUCCAUCAUAUUUUUUGGGGCGAGGGCUCAGCAUCCCUUUCUGGGCAAACUGCUCAUUGCAGCAGACACAACAUAUUUCUCUCAACGGCUCCUACAUUUGGAUUGUAUUUAGAAGUGUAGGAUCAUCUGAGUGUGAUUUGUCGAGGGCUCGUCUGCAUAUUGCUGGUAGUGACUGAUUCUAGUGAAUUCAUGACCGCUUUCGGGGCUUCCUUUGGCAGCGGGUUAGCCGUAGCAUCAUCUAAUUACAACGCAAACAAAGACACCGAAGUUGCCUCUCCACCAUCGGACAGCAUCAGCAGCCUGAGCUUCAGCCCUGCAGCAAAUUAUCUGAUAGCAACAUCUUGGGAUAAUCAAGUACGUUGCUACGAGGUACAAGCCAAUGGGCAGUCAGCAGGGAAGGCAGCAAUCAGCCAUGACCAGCCUGUGCUGUGUUCUGAUUGGAGCGCCGAUGGAUCCACCGUCUUCACAGGUGGCUGCGACAAUGUUGCAAAGAUGUGGAAUCUGCAGACAAACCAGACCCAGGUGGUGGCCAAGCAUGACGCGCCCAUCCGGCACCUCUUCUCCGUGAAGGAGAUGAACAACAUGCUGGUGACAGGCAGCUGGGACAAAACCAUCCGUUACUGGGACUUGCGCCAGCCCAACCCAGUGCACACACAACAAUUGCCGGAGCGGGUCUAUGCCAUGGAUGUCACACACCCGCUGCUGGUGGUUGGCAUGGCCAACAGGCGGAUACAGGUCUUCAACAUGAGCAACCCUCAGACGGUGUACAAGGACCUUGAGUCGCCCCUAAAGUUCCAGACGCGCUGCGUAACCUGCUUCCCAGACUCCACAGGCUACUUGGUGGGCUCCAUUGAGGGGCGUGUGGCAGUACAUCAUGUGGAAGACAACAUGCAGUCCAAGAACUUCACGUUCAAGUGCCAUCGAGACGGCAACGACAUCUACGCAGUCAACUCCAUCGCUUUCCAUCCCCAGUAUGGCACAUUUGUGACGGCGGGCUCGGACGGCGCGUUCAACUUCUGGGACAAGGACAGCAAGCAGCGGCUGAAGGCGAUGCUCAAGUGCAGCCAGCCAAUUCCCUGCAGCACCUUCAAUCGCGACGGCACCAUCUACGCGUACGCGGUCAGCUACGACUGGUCGCGCGGCUACGCAGAAUACAACCCCAGCAACGCGCAGCACCACAUCCUGCUGCACAAGCCCCAGGACAUCGAGGUCAAGAACCGAGCGCGCACUGGCCGCCGAUGAGUCACCUCCCAGACCCCUGCAGGCCGUCCCUGAUCCUGCUGGGGAAAGGGGACUCUCCGAUUAGGUUGGAGUCCCCUGCUGGGAUGCUGCCAAAGCUGCUGCCUACGAGGCAUGCGCUGAUGGGAUGUAGUUGCAUGGUGUGGGUUUGCGCCAAGUUGACCUGCCGAUGCCUUGGCGUUGUGAAAGAGUUGUAUUUGGAGCCUCGGAUGUGCUUCCUGGGGGGCAGGAAGAGGUAGUUGAGCUGGGAGCAGCUCUUGUUCUGGAAAUUCUCCCAGACUGUCGAUAGACGUCAGGAGGCAUGGACCAGGAUCAGUAAGAAUUUUGCAUCUAUGCUCAUGAACUAUUGCAUUACACAUGCAGGCGCCUUUUGUGAUCGUGCGCAGACGGAACCCAAUUUUGGAGGGAAUAUAUCCAGAGAUGUUGUGAAUGAUGUAGGUCCUGCAUGGCACGGACUGCUGCUUCGGUCUGUUUUGUUUGAGCACACUCCUUGUUGCUCCUGCCAUUUAAAGAGGACACCAAU